UUGAAACGCGAUAUUCUUAUUCAAUGUUUAGAUCUGUUAAGUUGUUAAUUCGUUGUUGUUGAACGGAGUUAAUUCAUGUCUUUGCUUUCACUUCCCAACGAGCUUUUGGUUAAUUAUGUAUUUUCCCAUAGUGAUAUUAAGAUUUCGGACCUAUAUCACCUUAUGCAUUCGUGCACUUUGUUAAGAAACAUAAUUUUCAAUUCUAACCAGCUGUGGAGGCGAAAGUACGAAGAAAGAUGGGGCUAUUCAGUAAGCUUGAAAAGAUUUUCAAAGAAUGAAGUCAACUGGCUUGAGGUAGUGGGCAUACGUCUCAGGGUGGCAAAAGAUGUCCAGGAGAUUGUAGAAACCUUGUCAUCACUGUGUUACCCAGAUCCAGAAAGCUUUGAGCUCCUAACUCCAAGCUGUGUCAUGGAUAAACUAUUGGCUACUGCAAUUCCAUUUUCUGAAUUUGUUGAAGAAGAACUUGAACAACUUGCAUUUAUGAACUUUUGGCAGUCUGAUGGUUAUGGAAAUCUGACAUUGGCUUAUCAUGCUGAGCGUGCCUUGAGAAAAGUAAGAACUUCCCUGUUAGAGGGCAAGUGGUGGGACUUUCUAGAACAAGAUUCAUCACAAAAAACAUUGUUAGAAGCAACAGUGCUUGUUUCACAGUGGUUGGAAGUUCCAAAUGAACAUUUUCCCAGUCUACAGAAUAUUAAAGAUUACCUGGGCAAAAUAACCCAAAGAGUGAAGGAACUAAUAAUUGAAAAGCAAAGAUCAUUCUAUUCAUUAAGAGCUGUUAAUGCCAAUCCUAAAGUGUCCCCCAGAGAGAUUUUAACCAUCAUUAACUAUGUGUUGUUCCAUGAAAGUGAACAGGAUUUUAUGGAUACACUUUGGUUAGAUAAAGAGCUCGAUUUUCACGAGCUGCAAAAAAAUAUCUCAAUUGCAAAGGUGAUGGAACGGAGAGAAAGCUGCACUACAAUUUUAUGUGUCAUUUACCAAGAAGUGGCUAGUAGCAUGGGCAUUCAGUGCGAACUUGUCUAUUGCGAUUCCUCCAUGGAUGACAGAGACAGACUUCUUCUUAAAUGGCUAGAGUAUCCAAAACACGAGGGUGGAAAAGGAUUCACCUACAUCGACGUCUGUGAUGGCGGAACUGUGCACCGCCCCGAUCAUUUACGACGUAUCGGUCCUCUACGUCAUCAAAAUGAAGACUUCCAGUAUUAUUUCGUCGAUCCCGCUCAACCAGCCGAAAAAGGUAGAGUACAUUCUUCGGCGAAUGCUAGAGCCCUACAUCAGGACGGGCAGACUGAUUUAUGGCUUGAUCGGCGAUCUCAAACGGUGUCAGAGGUCGCCAGAUUAGCGAGAUUAGCCUGCAUUAUCUCAUCUCUUAUUGGGGAAGCUCCUGAAUUGGUCUUGGAAUAUGCCGAGCAUUGCUUCAAUUAUGGCGUUCAAUUAAGCGACGCCAUUCAUCUUCUUGAGGCAGAAGGGCUUCAAGACCACCCGCUUCUAGGCAAAUGCAUCCUUCAAUUAGAGGAGCGUCGAACACAAAUCGCUGCGUACCAGCAAGUUGUUUCACGUCGGGUGCCGUCGAUAAAAUAUGCAGUCGGCCUCGUCAUGAUAUACAACUACACAAAUGCAAUGGGUGAAGUGUGCAACGAAAUUUGUGUCAUCACUUCGUGGGAGGUUAAGGGAUCGGCGGAGAAUUAUUUAAGAUCCGUUGGAAAUCUCGAUCAACCUUUUUACCACGUUUUGACUAGGAGUCAUGCAGAUCACAGCCUCGCUUGCGUUCCUGAAGACAAAUUAGUACUUCAUCCCGAUGUUGGUUCAGUUAUAUUUCUUCAUGAUCAACUGGGUUUUCACUUUGAAAGAUUUGACGGUCGUAGGUUCGUACCGAAUGCCGGAAAAAGAUACCGUUUUCCUGACGAUGAGGCCUUUGCCUUGAACUUGACCAAGAAAUAAUUAUUUUAUCGUUCUCGUUUAUUGUUUGUUAUGUUCUUAAUUUUCGAUUUCGGUUGAUCUCAAAUUUUUUCCCCCAUUUUAUCCGUUGCAGAUUAAUUUUCAAUACGUGCCUAAAGUUAUGUUUGACAAAUUUGCCUCAAUAAACUUAGAUUUUCAAUUUGAA